ACACAGAGAGACGAUGUGAGGAGAGAAUAUUAGAUAAACAGAGAAUAUUAGAAGAUCUGAGGAGGAAAAGGCAGAAAAGCGAUAAAUAAACGAGCCUUCAGUCCUCAUGAUGUUCAGAUCAUCUGAGCUGGUUUAGUAGAGAGCAGCAGGAAGCGAUUCCUGGAUUACCUGCAACGAUGCGAGGCUUAGACAGGUAGAGGUGUGUGGCGCUGGUCCAACACACCUGAAUUAAAUGGUUCCUCCUCUUCAGGUUCUACAGAACCCGCCAGCGACCUACUUAUGAUCCACUUGUUCUGAAGCAGAGACGCGAAUAAAAGCCGUCCGGAACCGGCCUCUAAGGAACCACACCAUGAUUCACUGAACGGUGGCUCUAGCGUCCCUGAACGCAUCAUCUGAGCUCAUCAAGGUCACGUGGUGUUUUGUUGACAGUUGGAAAGGAAGCAAAGAUGGCGGCGCGCUGGAGCAGCGAGAAUGUGGUGGUGGAGUUUCGGGACGCUCAGGCCACCGCCAUGUCCGUGGACUGCCUGGGCGCUCACGCCGUGCUGUCAGGCCGCCGCUUCCUCUACAUGGUGAACCUGGAGGCUCCGUCUGAAGCGCCGAGGAAAAUCGGCCGCCACAGUAAGUGGGACGUGGGGACGGUCCAGUGGAACCGGCACCGGUCGGAGGCUCACGUCUUCGCCGCCUCGAGCAACCAGCGUGUGGAUCUGUACUCGUGGAGGGACGGCUGUGGAGAGGCCCACUCCUCCCUGCAGGGACACACCCGGGUCAUCAGCGAUCUGGACUGGUCCUGGUUCGACCCGGAGUUCCUGGUCACCAGCUCCGUGGACACCUACAUCUACAUCUGGGACACCAGAGACACUCGGAAACCCACGGUGGCGCUCUCUGCUGUCGCCGGAGCGGCUCAGGUGAAGUGGAACCGGAGGAACCAGCACCUGCUGGCAUCCAGUCAUGACGGAGACGUCCGCAUCUGGGACAAAAGGAAACCCAACACGGCGGUGGAGUACCUGGCCGCUCACCUGUCCAAGAUCCACGGCCUGGACUGGCAUCCAGACAACGAGUUCAUCUUCGCCACGUCCAGCCAGGACAACUCUGUCAGGUUCUGGGAUUACCGGCAGCCCAGGAAGUACCUGAACAUCCUGUCCUGCCAGGUGCCGGUGUGGAAGGCCAGGUACACGCCGUUCUCCAACGGGCUCGUCACCGUCAUGGUUCCUCAGCUGAGGAGGGAGAACAGUCUGCUGCUGUGGAGCACGCUGGACCUCAACAGCCCCGUGCACGCCUUCGUUGGACACGACGACGUGGUGCUGGAGUUCCAGUGGCGGCCGCAGAAGGAAGGCUCCAAGGACUUCCAGCUGGUGACCUGGUCCAGAGACCAGACUCUGAGGAUAUGGAGGGUGGACCCUCAGCUGCAGAAGCUGUGCGUCAGCGACACGGUGGAGGAGCUGAUGGAGGGGAUGAGCCUCGCCGUGGAGUCGGAGAAGUCCCCGACCUCCCAGGAGGCCGAGGGCCAGCAGAGCACGGGGCGGGCUGCAGACAGCCUGCUGGAUCAGGACGGCGGGCGUUCUGACCCGGCUGCAGGUUCUGGUCUGGCUCAGACUCUGCAGCAGGAGUUCUCUCUGGUCAACCUGCAGAUCAGGAACGUCAACGUGGAGAUGGACGCCAUGAACCGGAGCUGCGUGGUGUCGGCCCACUUCGGCAGCCAUCAGGUUCACCUGGUCGUGAAGUUUCCCGUUCAGUACCCCAACAACGCAGCCCCCUCCUUCCAGUUCGUCUCCCCGACCACCAUCCCCUCGGCCAUGAAGAUCAAGAUCCAGAAGAUCCUGACAGACACGUCUCUGCAGAAGGUGAAGAGGAACCAGAACUGUCUGGAGCCGUGUGUCCGGCAGCUUGUGUCUUGCCUGGAGUCCGAUAUGACCCAGGAGGACAGUCCUUCCUCAGGCCCGUUUGUCCUGUCCAACCCCGUCACGCCGUCCCUGCAGGCCUUUCCUCGGGUCAGCAACACGUACGGCUCCUACCAGGACGCCAACAUCCCGUUUCCUCGCACGUCCGGAGCUCGUUUCUGCGGCACCGGCUGUCUGGUUUACUUCACCCGGCCAAUCACCAUGCACCGCUCAGCCCCGCCCACAGAACCCACUCCCAGGUCCCUGUCGGCUCUGUCGGCCUAUCACAGCGGGGUUCUGACCCCCAUGAAGAUGCGCUCCGAGUCCCAGAACACCCUGCGGCUCUACAGCGGCAGCCCCACCCGCUCCGACAAAGACACCGUCUCCAUCUCCUCCUUCUACUACAAAGAGCGGAAGCUUCCUAUGUCUGCCUCCCGCCGCUGGUCUGUGCAAACCCUCCAUGAUUGGCCGAAAUCCCGGCGCUUUAAGACGAAGCGGGAAGGCGUGGACUGCAGCAGCCGUCCCAUCAAGCUGGCGGGGAAGGUCAUCAUCCAGGAGAUCUCCUGCCUGCUGCCCGUCCACAAAGCUCUGGGAGAGAGCUACAUCCUGAACAUGAACGACAUCCAGGAGACGUGUCAGAAGAACACUGCGGCGGCGCUGGUGGUGGGACGCAGAGACCUGGCCAAGGUUUGGGCUCUGGCGUCGGCAGCCACCAGUCAGGACCUGAGUCCGGAUUGUGACCCGGACACGGAGACGCCCUGGGCCAGACACCCGUUUGGACGGCAGCUGCUGGAGACGCUCCUGGAUCACUACAGCCAGAUGAGCGACGUCCAGACGCUGGCCGUGCUCUGCAGCGUCUUCAGGGCUCAGGCUCCGCCCCCGGACUGCUACUCCGUGUACGGACCGCCUUCGUCUCGCCUCCACUCCCGAUACCCCAGCUACACGUCCAGCUCCGUCAACUCUGGCUCCUGCUCCAGCACCUCUGACUCCAUCACACCAAGCACCUGGAACACAGUCAGAGACCCCGAGCAUCCCAACCCGUGGGGGGAGUCCUCUCCUGACGACUACCGCUAUGCUAGCCAGGGCUACACGGACCCUCGGGAACGAGAGCGGGAGCUCCACGACAUGAACAAGAGGCUGCUGGACCCGGCCAAUACGCUGCAGUACGACGACUUCAAGAAGUGUUACGGGGAGAUCCUGUACCGCUGGGGCCUGGGAGACAAGAGAGCCGACGUGCUCAAGUUCACGUCCAGCCCUCCAGAACCGCACAAAGGCGUCGAGUUCGGCGUGUACUGCUGCCACUGCCGCAGCCAGGCGCGCGGCACCCAGUGCGCCGUCUGCAAGCGGCUGACCUUCCAGUGCGCCGUCUGCCACGUCGCCGUCCGAGGCUCGUCCAACUUCUGCCUGAGCUGCGGCCACGGCGGACACACGGGCCACAUGAUGGACUGGUUCCGGCGGCAGGACGAGUGUCCGGCGGGCUGCGGCUGCCACUGCCUGCUGCAGAGCACCUUCUGACGCUGCAGCCGAGACGACACCUGGAAACACCUGGAAACACCUGGAAACAUAAAAACUACAGCCAACACUC